AUGCCCGACCCAAACGACAGCGAAGCGCACCGCCGUCGCCGCUUCAGCAUGAGCGACGCCCUCCUGCUCAACCCCUUCCACAGCACUCAUCUAAGUCGACGACGCGCACGCUCAUCCAUCCGCUCCGACACCUCAGACCAAACUACCCCAGAGCAAGAACCAACCGAAGCAAGACCACGCUCGAGCUCGCGGUCCCGGUCUCUGCUUCGUCUCCCACUAACCAUCCUCCGUGAGCUGAGCAAUACCAGAAAACGACCCGACCUCCUCCCAAACGACCAAGCCACGCCCACAAACCCCAUCCUCGAGUUCCGCGGCGGCGACACCUGGGAUCUCCUCGCGAGGGAUAGGAAGAGUCUAGGACUGGACUUAUUCUGGCCCAUCGAUUUCUCAGCUAUAGACUCUGUCCAAACGCAUAAUAUCACAAAAGCAACCCCAUCCAAAACAGAAGCCACAGAGCAAAAACCCAAAGAAAACCCCAACAAUGACACUGACGAAAAAGAACAAGAAACCGAAACCUUCCCCCUAUCAUCCCUAACCCCCCUCCUCCACUUCCGACACCUGCGCACACUAAAACUAACCGGCAUGAUGAGUUCCUACCAGAAAUACAUCUGGCAAGCAGCAUGGCUGAACCCGCACCUGGAAGAACUGGAACUCGGCAUGGCUCUCGCACCAAGUCUACGCCGAAACUAUGUGACGAAAUGGCCCUGUAUUCGUGGUGGAUGGACACUUACGAAGGAGAGGUUUAGGGAGCCGGUUUACUAG